UUGUAAAGAGAAGGGUGUAUGAGCUUUGCGUUUACAAAGUUCAUGCUUUCGACAAAAAUGCGUUUCGCGCACAUGAGAUUUGCGCUUUCAUUUUGCGCGCUUCUGGCGUGCUUUCAAGCAAGUCUGGCGCAACUAAGACAAGAUACGAUAAACAUUGCGCAGCACAAGACGAUCAGAGCGAGCGCAACUUGUGGAUAUGAUCUACCACCGGGCACAACAGAAGAAUUAUACUGUAAACUGGCGACGGUUCCUGGGAAAUUUGGUAUAGACGGUUUAGAAUGCAGUACGUGUAAUCCCAACGUGAGAGCAAGGGAUCAUCGUAUUCAGUACGCUAUUGAUGGCUCAGAGAAAUGGUGGCAGAGUCCUCCAUUGUCCAGAGGUUUGCAGUACAAUGAAAUUAAUAUCACGAUUGACUUGGGUCAGGUUUUCCAUGUUGUUUACAUUGUUAUCAAAACAGCCAACUCUCCCAGACCAGGAACAUGGGUUUUGGAAAGAUCAACAGAUUUCGGUCAGACGUACAAACCUUGGUAUUAUUUUGCACCAUCACGUUUCGAAUGUCUCGACUUGUUCAAAAUCAACACUCGCUUGCCACUUGUGGAAGAUGAUCAAGUCAUGUGCACAACGAAAUACUCCCAAAUACCACCUUUUGAAAAUGGCGAGAUGUACAUCUCCUUAGUGAAUGGAAGACCAAGUGCAUUGAGAAAUCAAGUCACCCAAAAAUUGCAGGAUUGGAUGCAAGCUACAAACGUGAGAUUGCGUCUUCUCCGAGCCAAGACACUCUAUGGAGAAUAUUUGCCUCUAGCCAAAGGUGACCCAACCGUGACACGAAGGUAUUUCUAUUCAAUCAAAGAUAUUACAAUUGGUGGUAUGUGCGUCUGUAAUGGUUACUCAGAUAGAUGUGUCCAUGGUCCCAGCGAGGAACGCACUUCUUGUGUAUGUCAGAAGAAUACCUGUGGUCCCUCUUGCUCAGAAUGUUGCCCCGGGUUCAAUCAGUAUAAAUGGAAAUCAGGUUUUGACGGUGGAGAAGGGUGCGAAGCUUGUAACUGCUUCGGACAUUCGAGCAAAUGUGAAUACAACGAAUUGGUAGAAGCCGCCAACAGAAGUAUCAACCUUGAUGGCGAAUACCGUGGCGGUGGAGUUUGUAUUGAUUGCCAGGACAACACGUUUGGAAAUAACUGCCAAUUUUGUAGACACAAGUUCUAUAAUCCAACCGGCGUGCCUAUGACAAGCAAGAAUGCUUGUGUCCCCUGUAACUGCGAUGAAAAGUUUUCAACCGGCGAAUGCCAAAAUGGCGAUGGACAGUGUAAAUGUAAACCAAACUAUACUGGGAAGAAAUGCGAUCGAUGUAGUGCUGGUUAUUAUGACUUCCCGGAUUGCAAACCUUGCCAAUGUAAUGCUGCUGGCACGAAAGAUGGACAAUGUGAGGCAAAUGGUGACCAAUGUCCUUGCAAAGACAACUACUCCGGGCCAAAAUGUGAUCGGUGUGCACGAGGAUUCUACAACUUUCCACAAUGUGUUGAAUGCGACUGUGAUGAACGUGGAUCUUACACCGACGUAUGUGCGGUUGGUAAUGGUCAGUGUCCCUGUUUACCAAACUUCAAAGGCCGAAGAUGCGAUCAGUGCGCUGAUGGCUACUAUGAAUACCCCAGAUGUCGAGCUUGUUCAUGUGAUGUUAAUGGUGUGACUGAUGAAGUGUGCCACAAAGAUUCUAGUGCUUGCAUUUGUAAACCUGGAUACAAUGGAACUCGAUGUGAUGUUUGUGCCAUAGGAUAUUACGGUUAUCCAAAUUGCCAAGCUUGUCAGUGCUUUGGCACCGGUUCAACGGGUCCUGAAUGUGAUGGAAGUGGUCGUUGUAGUUGUAAGCCGCAGUACACUGGUUUCAAAUGCCAGCGUUGUGCAGUGGGAUAUUAUGAUUACCCAAGAUGCCUUCCGUGUGCUUGCGAUAGACAAGGCUCGUUUGGCGAUAGUUGUGAUCCGAAUGAUGGCCAGUGUCAAUGCAGAGAAAACUUCUCUGGGACAUUUUGUAACCGUUGCAAACCUGGCUUUUACGGUUUCCCUGAUUGUCAGGAAUGCGGCUGUGAUCCUGCUGGCGUGCGACCAUUGCCUGGACGACCAUUGGGAGACUGUAGCUCCUCAAAUACGGGCCAAUGUGACUGCAAGCGGUUUGUUCAAGGUCAGGACUGCAGUGAAUGUAGGCCAAAGACGUUCAACCUUCAAGCCAGCAACCCCUACGGUUGCGAGGAAUGUCGUUGCAACGUCGCUGGUGUGAUUGGUGGUAUUGAAGUGUGCGAUGAACAAACUGGACGCUGUUUAUGUAAAGAACGUGUGGCUAGCAAGAGAUGUGAAAUAUGUAAAGAUGGUUUUUAUGCACUCAGGCAGUCGAAUGCAUUUGGUUGCUCAGGUUGCAAUUGUGAUGUUGGUGGAUCAUACAGUCAGAUAUGUGGCAAGUUUACUGGGCAAUGCAAAUGCCGUCCAAAUGUUGGAGGACUAACCUGUGACAGGCCUUUUCCAAAAUAUUACCAUCCCAAUUUGUAUCAACUGCUGUCUGAGAUUGAAGAUGGCCGAACACCGGAGAAUACGUCAGUACGUUUCAGAUACAGCGAGCAAGAGUUUCCAGGUUAUUCUUGGAGAGGGUAUGGCGUUUUUUCAAAAAUCCAGCGAUCCGUAAUCGCGCAAGUGAAUGCAAAAUGGCCGGAAAACUAUCACAUUGUGUAUCAUUACGUGCUCAACGACACAUCAGACGCAACGGGUGAAGUGGUUGUACGUCAUGUAAGUGGAAACAAAGGCGUCACACAAAGAAGUCGAGUCACAUUUAAACCAACUGUGAACGGUUCACACGUCACCAGCGGCUUCGUUGUUGUCGCCGAGAACGGAUCAUCCACACAAUUCGCCAUGUUGGAUGGUAAAUACGACAUCCAGUUCACAACAGACUCUCAUAAAUUGUUGCUGGAUUACGUCUCAAUAGUGCCAGUCUUCUACCCCGGACCCGAUCAGACUGAAGGUAUUUCAGAGAAACGUAGCGAGACAGUUCUCGCGGAGCCCGUGACUCGCGCUUGUGAAGUGAACGGCGAAAAUGAACUCGACGAUCUCUGUGUCCAGUAUUCAUUUGUCGGACUAAACAAACCUGGGUUUGUUAGGAUCCAAGCUGAAGAGGGAUAUACGUACGACAGAGUCGCCAUGAAGGAAAAGUCAACACAAGUAUUUUCAGAUCAAAAGAUACUCAAGGAACUCGAUUUUUCUGCAUUGGCCUUGUUGGACAAAAAUCAGAGUCGCAUGAGUGUUAAGACGAGAGUGCCUGAAUCAGGGAAAUAUGUUGUGCUGGUUCAAUAUUUCACGACUCAUCCCCGCACGCAGUUCUUGGACUUGUACGUGAGAGCACGUGAACAAUCCUUUGCCAGAUUCCGCCUACCAUCAUGCAAAUACACGUUUGGCUGUCGCACUGUCGGUCUGACUGUUCAUGGCGCUGUACAACCUAUUGAUAUGAAAGCAAACGUUGAUUAUGUCCUAACAGCGUUGACCAGCCCUAGCGGGAAUGUCGCUGUGGAUUCAUUUAUUCUCAUUCCGUAUAAAGAUUGGGUAACGGAUUACAUCAUUCCCAGCAAGCUGUGCGUGACCCGCAUGAAGGUUUGCACCCGCACGAGCUACGGCAUGCCCGGAGAUGCGGUGAUGGUGGAGGCUGGAGACGAGCAAAGCACCAUUAAACCACCCAACAUAUUUGACCCUUCGGCUUCUCUUGUUUAUUUGGAAGGAAAGGGUUCCUUCGACAAAGAAGGUUUUGUUCCUACGACUGGAGACUACGCAGUAAUUGUUCAUUAUUACCAACCCUAUCACACAACAGUCGAAUCUGACACGACCGUGAGCAGCGUGGCGACUGGACGCGGCAAAACGAGUUUCAAAUAUUGUCCAAACACGUCUGGCUGUAGGGCUGUCGUGAAACGACUGGAUGGUGGAGAUACGUUUAGGCUUGGAAAUAGAGUCGCUGUAAACUUUAAGUUACCAAAGGAUAACCAGCUCUGGAUUGACUAUAUCUUGUUUGUACCAAAAGAUUCGUACUCGCCUGUAUUGGUGAGUGGUGAGCCUGUGGAUCGUACAAACGACUUCGUUGAACACUGCUCUAAAAACGACUUGCACGUAACCAAAGAUGCGAAAUCCUUCUGCACACAAUCCGUCUUCUCGCUCACAACUUACCACAAUAACGGCAGUUUUCCCUGCGAGUGCGACACGCGUGGGUCGCGAAGUGACACGUGUGACGUGUUUGGUGGACAAUGUCCCUGCUUCGAGAACAUCAUUGGUCGAACUUGCUCACGAUGUAAAACUGGGUACUACGGAUUUCCAAAUUGUAGAAAAUGUGAUUGUGAGAAUUGUGAUCAUUUAACUGGUCUUUGCGAGUGUCCUCCGAAUACAGCAGGUGAUGAUUGUACGUGUAUCAAAGGCACGUUUGGAUACGAUCCGGUUCAAGGUUGUUUGCAAUGCGACUGCGAUGCUACCGGCGUUGUUGAUGCCGGCGAUUCGUGCGAUAUGACGUCAGGUCAGUGUUCAUGUAAGCCUAACAGAGCGGGUCGAAGAUGCGACCAGUGCAAACCAGGGUACUAUGGUUAUCCGGACUGUAGAAAAUGCGAUUGUCACGAGGAUGGUAUCACUGGCUGUGAUUCAGAAACUGGAAGAUGUAUUUGCAAAGAACAUGUUGCAGGAAGGAGAUGUGACUUAUGUAAGUUAGGAUAUUUCUAUUUGAGUGGCGACAAUCCCAAAGGCUGUCUUGAGUGUUGGUGCUCUGGUCAAACUAACCAGUGUUAUGCUGUGGAUUCCCCAGAUGCAGUAUAUUCCACGGGUGUAAUUCUCGCAGAUUGGGUACUGCAGAAGAGUCUUGAUUCUGCAUUCUACUGGGUUUUGGAAUUUGGAGAUUUGACAAACGCCCACGGUAGAAACCUACUUUUGCAGCUUGGUAAGAAUGUUUCACGCACUGCUCCUUUGGCGAUUAUCGAGUCAAACGGAGAACGUAUAUUCCACAAAGACUCUGUUUCUACACUUGGUUCACGACCAUCGGAGAUUUCCCUGACUGCAACUGACUGGAUGAAGAGCGAUGGGUCGUCUUUAUCUCGAGACGAAUUCAUGAGAAUGUUAGUUCAAGUUGAUCUUCUACAUGUUUUGGCGGAUGAAAAUGAGCUUCUAAGCCUUCAAUUACCUACUAUGAAACCCUUAGUUGUCUCUCAAGUGGAAAAAUGUGUCUGCCCUCAAAAUACCACCGGACUAUCUUGCCAGAAUUGUAACGCUGGUUACUACAGAUCAGGCGAGGCUUGCGUACCGUGUGAAUGCAAUGGUCAUUCUUCAAAAUGCGAUCCCCAAACUGGGGAAUGUUACGAAUGUCAGGAUAAAACAGCAGGCCCCAAGUGUGAUAAAUGCGUUGAAGGUUUCUAUGGCGACCCAACCACUGGCGAAGCAGAUGCAUGCCAAAGAUGUCCUUGUCCAAAUAGUUCGAAGAAUUAUGCCACGUCAUGUUUCCAGGAAUUGGAUGGUUCGUUCAACUGCACAUGUCGAGAGGGUUACACGGGCAAGCUCUGCGACGAGUGUGCUGAUGGGUAUUAUGGGGAUCCAUUAACUACUGGCUGUAAACCUUGCGAAUGUAAUAACAACAUUGACUUGGCCGCAACUGGGAAUUGUGAUCGUCGUACUGGGGAGUGUUUGCGUUGCGUCAAUAACACUGGCGGUGAACGUUGUGAGAAGUGCCAACCUGGUUACUAUGGUAACGGACUUCUACACAACUGCCGCAGAUGCGACUGCGAUGAAUGUGGGUCAGCAAGCAGUAUAUGCAAUGACGUCACAGGAGAGUGUUCUUGUAAAACUGGUGUAGCUGGACAACGUUGUACCGCUUGUCAGGCCUCCAAAUGGGACUUUAAUUCGUGUAAUGGCUGCCAGGAUUGUGGAUGUUCAGCAGCGUCUCUGAACGAUGAUUGUGAUCUCGCGACAGGACAGUGCGUCUGUAAACCUGGAGUGUCUGGAUUAAAAUGUGACAGAUGUAAGGAAGGAUAUUUCGGUUAUUCUGAGGAAGGAUGCAAAGCGUGUAACUGCCCCACAGGCCAAGUGUGUGAUAUAAACGAUGGUAGAUGUUGCGAAGCCAACGAUCCAACGUGUCAAAUCUGCCCACCUUAUCAUAUACGAACAGCUGAUGGGUGUGAAUACUGUGGGCCUUGUGAGGAGAGAUUGUUCAAAAGGGUGGACAGAAUGCUCGGAAAUUACUCGACAAGCGGCGGAGAUGGCGUUGCAACUGACGAAUCGAGGAAGCGGCUGAACAAAAUUGAAAUCGACAUCAAAAAUCUCACAGUUCGUGUGGACAACUACAACAAAAGUAUUAGCAAUCUUAUUGACCUGGCUGAUGGCAAGGACAAAGAUUCGGGUGAGAUGAUAAUUGGCAGUGGAGAUACCACAGCGACUCCAAAGCCUGCGGGAAAACCGCUGGAGAACGAUGCAAAAGAUGUGAUUGACGAGAGUAUGAAUAUUGUUGACAAAGCAAACGAUGUGAAUAACCUGAGCGAUGUUGUCAAGAAGAACGCAACGAAGACGAAAGAAGAUGCCUAUGAUAUUGAAGAAAAGCUUAGGCAGUUACUAAAGGAGAUUCAAGGGUGUCCGGCUGCAACCAGUUUCUGUCCAAGCCAACCAGAAGAAUCUUGUACUGAGGAUUCACAAUGCAGCAUUGGAUCAAUUUGCUGUCAGCUGUCUGAAUGCCGUCCAACCAAAAUUUGUAUGGAACCUACGAUUGACGCCGAGCGGGUUUUACAAGAAAUGCGAAAUGGAAAUUUAAAUUCUGUGAAUAUCUUGAAGAAGAUCCAUGAAAUUAGAUUGAUUGUUGAGGGCCGAAAUUAUUCUGAGCUCAGAGCGUUGGUGGAAGAGGAACUUAGAGAAUCCUUCAGUGCACAGAGGUGGUCCAGUUUCUAUCUCCUUGAAAGUGUGAUGCUUCAUGGAGAGGUAUUGAGUAACAAGGGCCAGUUUAAAAGUUUAGAACCAAUAUUCCGAAAUCAACUAAAGAAAGCCUCCGCAUCUGUCCUUGAUAGUCGGAUAGCUCAGGAAAUCAACAAGAAGGCGCUGAAAUAUCAACCUGAUGCGGUAAUUCUCAAGGCAAAGUCGCAGAAGCAAGUCGCUGAUCUGAAACUGAAAGACGCCUUGAAUGUUUUGGAAGAAGCAAAAGAUAUUUUGAAAAAUAUCAAGUAUCCGAAUACCACCGGUAACACAUCUAGCCUCGUUAAGUAUUUGAAAGAAUUCGACAAACGCAUUUCCGACACGAAGAAAGAUAAUGCCUUUUUGGAGGUUUUGGUGAACAACGCGACAGCUCACGCUAACUACCUAAAAGAAACGUCAGAUUUCUUGCAAAGCCUUUUGAAGGAUCCGAAUAAGUAUGCGCAAAAAGCACUAGAGGCUAGUAAUGCCUAUGAUAAUAUCGUCCAGGCUAUUGAGGAAAUUUUAAAGAUAGCAAAAGAAGCGAACAAGAAUAGUCAAGAUGCUUUGCGAAAGAGCAAAGGCCUUGGUGCGAAAGCCACAGAGUCUAGAAACACCAGCGUGAUAUUGGAUGGUGACGCAGAGGAUCAAAAGAAGAGAAUUCCAGGGUUGACUAAUUGGUUGAAGAGACUUGAAGAUCUUAUCAAGAAGAUUCGCGAUAACUUCAGGAAUGCAAACAACACGUUGAAAGAAGUAGUAGCUCCUUUCCCUGAAUUCGACGACUUAACAUCAAAGUUAGGAGGCAGAACGAAGAAAGUGGAAACAGACGCGAAGACUUCAAAAACUGAUUCUGACGAUGCGAAAUCUGUCGUUGACUCCAUAACGGUCCCAGGUAUAGAACCUUUAGAAGAAGGUUACGAGAACGCUUUGGAGUUGAUCGAUCGCAUUAGAAAUUUAACAGAACAAAACGACGGUUUCAUACAAGAGCUAUCCGAGACAAUUAAUAGGGUGAAAAUUAACCAGAGCCUGACAGAGGAUGAAAUUGAGACCGAAGUCGUCGAGCGUAUCAGACGUAUCCGCUUCAAUAUCGAACGCGGGCGCGACAGGAUUCGUACAUACCCAAGUUCUCGUGGCGAAUACAGUAAUAACACCUCGGUAGAGCUGAGAAUACCCCGGGCAGCAUAUGGUCCUUCCAGCCAGACUAGCGUCUCGUUUAAUCUCGCUACGGAUCAAGACAAUGCACUGUUGUUGUUCCUUGGGAACGCGAAGGAAUACUUAGCUUUCGAAGUUGACGAUGGAAAUCUGAAGAUUGUAUCCCGUAAUUCCAAAGACGUUCAAACCGUCGAUACAAACUUGGACGUCAAAAAAAGACCCGUAGAAGCAGUAACGCCUGGCGAUACAUCAAGAGAUCCAAUUGGCUGGAGAACUGUUCAGUUUGAACGGACUGGUCCUAAUGUGAUGGUGUCUGUGGGAGACUCGGGUAAUGAAACUGGAAGCUUACCUUCUCAGUUCAACGUGGACGCCGACGAUUCUUAUCUUUUCGUUGGAUCCCCGCCUGAAGGUUUUCCUGAAAUUCCUGAUGAACUUAAAUCCACGACCUUAGUCGGCGGUUUCGACAAACUCUUCAUUGAUGGACGCCAAGUUGGCUUGUACGACGCCUUAAAUUACAACACUACAAUUGCUCCCACGGGAUUACGACCCAAACCUCCUAGCGCAGUUACAGAUGACGAUAAAUGGUUCCAAUUCAGGGGAAAUGAUUAUCAAGGUUGGACUAUAUCCCCGGCAAUCAGUGGUAGUGAUGUAACAUUGGAUAUACGGACAGCAGCAACAGACGGCGUUAUAUAUUUCAAUGAGCUUUACUCUCUCGAUGAGCGGCGCAAAUCGUAUCUGAUCCUCGAAAUGAUAAAUGGUACAAUUGGGUUCAGGUUCAAAAUACGUCACGAUGACGUCGUAUCAAGGUACACAUCUGGACGAUUUGACGACAACGCAAAACAUAAAGUCACCCUUAAAAUCGAGACAGGGACGAUUACACUUAAAGUUGAUGAGGGAAAUGAACUUAGCGCCGAUGGUAUUAGUUACGAAGGUUAUGCCCGCUUCUAUACAGCAUUCCUUGGUGGCAUUAGUCGAGAAGCUCGCUAUUACAAUAUAAUAAAAACGCCAUUCUUCAUCGGGUGUAUAAUGGAACCAAACGGAUUCCGCGAAGCGCUCGACUCGUUGGGUGUGGAGCGUGGUUGUCGUGGAGAAUUGGUAUCAACUGCCGAAUUCUCAGGUGGUGAUUCGUCACUUGAACUAGCGCAGUCUGUAGAGUUGAGCCCUGAUUCCCAAAUCAGUUCAAUGAUUAAGACAGCCGAAGAUGGUGUUAUUAUGAACAUGGAAGGCAAGGACGGGGACUUCGUUUCUAUCACUACCGAGAAUGGCAACAUCAAGAUCGAUGGUAAUCUUGGUGGUCUGUUGUUUGGUAACUUGGACGAAACACGACGACGUCGCAGCGUGGAUGGCAGCAAACUGAACGAUAAUAAAUGGCAUACAGUUUCGCUGAGAAUAAAAGAAGGAAGUCUUGAAGUUUUGGUCGACAACAGAGUUGUAUUCUCGAAAAAGCUGACCGCCAAAGCACUAGCUUCGUUGAGUAAAGGAUUCAAUCUUAGUUUUGGUGGCGUGAAGGAUAAGAAGAAGAGCACAUCCGAAUUAGUUAAAAAAUCGCCAUCCUUCAAAGGUCAAAUAAGGGAUCCCGUUCUAAUAAAAUCUGGCGAAGCGAGUAUGAUUAAUCUAGCUGAUGUCAGUUCUAAGAGUGAUGUUAGUUUGGGAAUAAGAGAAGUCCCCUAUUAUGAAAAGGUGAAAGAUGUUAUCAAACCUUUACCUGAAGUUUCCACUCAAGCUCCCACGCAAGCUCCCAGCAUUGAAAUCCCAAGUACAACUGUAAUGGCCCCCACAACAGAGCCCAUGAUUUCUGGGUCAGGAACACCACUAACCACAGAAGCCCAGACCACCUCGGACACUACCAAACCUGCCGAGCCAGAGACAACGAAGGCUGCGACUACGAGUGAUAUUACCACAGCUGCUGCUACUCUCAAACAAACGACCAAGCAAACAACACCAACUACCAAACAAACGACACAAACUACCAAAAAAACAAAACCAACUACCACGAAAACAGCCCCAAAUACCACGAAAAAAGCACCAACAACCACGACAAAAGCACCAACUACCACGAAAAAAGCACCAACUACCGCGAAAAAAACACCAACUACCACGAAAAAAGCACCAACUACCACGACAAAAGCACCAACUACCACGAAAACAACACCAACGAAAGAACCCUCUACAACACCCACUACCCCUGAGACAACCACGAUGAUUCCCUCAACCACCACUUCAGCAGCACCCUCGACAACACCAGCUCAAGUCGAUCCAUCAGGAUGUUCACCAAACUUUGAAUAUACUGAUGCCAUUGCUGUAACUGGAAGAGGUUAUGCUCAGUACAGGGUAACUGAAAAAGGAUUUGGUAAGAAGGGAGGACUCUCAUUUGAAUUCAGGACAUUCGAAAGCAAUGGCAUUUUGUUUUACUCUGCGGACAAGCCUCAAAAUGAUUUCAUAUCUUGCUUCUUGCAAGAUGGAAAAGUUAACUUCGGAUUCAACACCGGAUCUGGGGAUCUUUUCCUUUCAACAGACAAUACUGUAAACGAUGGAACGUGGAAGAAGGUCACCAUUUUCCGUGACAAAGUCGACGCGGAACUUGAGGUCGACGGUGUGAAAGCUGUUGGCAAAGGCAGGCCAGGCCCAACCGUUGUUAAUGGAAUUCCUUUCUUAUAUUUUGGUGGCUACCACCAAAAUGUCACGAAAGCAAAAAUGAAUGCAAAAUCUCGUGUGGCAAUCUCGGCUUGUUUCCGCGCACUUGAGUGGGAGAGUGGCACGAAAUUCCCUGACAAACCAUUCAAGGAAGUGUUUGUGAGCAAAUGUUCCCAGGAACAGAGAGAAAAGAGCGUGUAUUUCCAAGGUGUUAACAGUUAUCUGCUAGCAGUGAGCGGUUUCUAUGUUGGUCGUUCCAAGGUAAUUAGUCUGGAUAUCAAGCCACGAGCCAUGACUGGUUUGAUCUUCGCCAUUGUAAAUCCGAAAACUCCCACCGGCGGAGAUUUUGUGAUCUUAGAACUCGUUGAAGGAAAGGUUGUGGUCAGGGUCCAAAAUGGCGACGGUGUCAUGACGGCAGUCUGGCAACCAACAAGUGAAACACCAUUAUGUGACAAUAACUGGCAUAAAAUUGUCGUUUCCAAAGCCGACGCAAUGGUUACCUUGCAAGUUGAUAGCCACUCACCAGUAACGGAACAGAAGGGCAAAAAGACUGUGACCAACGGCAAGCUUCCUCUGUACAUUGGAGGAGUGCCUGAAAACCUGAAGUUUUAUGGCCUGGAAGUGAGGACGUCUUUCCAAGGAUGUAUGCGAAAUUUCAGAAUUAAGCAGUCGUCAGUGGUUGAUUUGACGAAUCCUGUCUCAAAGUUUGGUGAUAUAUCCAUGUUUGGUUGUCCCAUUCAACCCCGUUAGAAAUAAGCUAGAAAUAAAAGUGCGGUCAUUGACCAUGCAUUAGUGUUGAAGUAAACUUAUGAAGCAAUAAAAGUCUUUUUGCAUUUCUAG